CACAUAAUUAAGUCAAGUAAUUUACCUUAAGCAAACUAUGCAUGCAGCAACAACAGCACUCCUUAUGCCAAAUGGUAAAUUAGUAAUUACACUCUGCCACGUACAUUCUCCUAUCACAUGCACCGUUUACACGUGUUAAACCCCUCCCAUUUCAUCUCAUCAAAGUUCCAUUCCCUCUCUCUGUUUCUCCAACUUCCCCCACUCCGCCAUGGACUCCGACUACGAACUCGAAGAACCCAACCGCCAAAUCCAAAUCCGAAAACCCACCGAUUUCUUCAACAAACUCGUAUUCCUCCAAGCCGAUUUGAUCUACAACGCCAUGGAGUUUGUGAUCGCUCCAGCCUACACUCUCCUCUCCUUGUUCGCAGAGUCAUUUCAGCGCGCAGAAGAGACGAAACACACAGUGGAGUCGGCCGUCAGAAAAUCCCCGUCCGUGGUGGCGCAGCGGGUGAAGGUGGCGGCGAGAAGGAUGAGCUACGGGGCUGUGGCGGCGGGGAUGAUGUGUAUGGUGAUGGUGUUGCUUCUAGUAGUGGCGAUGGGGGUGAGUGGGUUGGGGAUUAGGUACUGGAUAGAAGAGCCAGUGGAUGUUAAGGAGAAAUUGAAGUUUGAUUAUACUGAAGCUCGGCCUAGGGCUUUGUUUGGAACGGGAAAUGGAAACACAAUGAAAAUGAAGAAGAAGAAUUUGGGGAUUCCGGUUGGGCAUACGUUUUAUGUAUGUGUGGUUCUUUUGAUGCCUGAAUCUCAAUUCAAUCGGGAGUUUGGGGUUUUUCAGUUGAGUGCAGAAUUGAUAUCAACAAAUGGAAACGUAAUAACAAGUUCAAGUCAACCAUGCAUGCUCCGGUUCAGAAGCGCGCCGGUUCGGUUGGCUCGGACUAUUAUUACUAGCUUUCCCGUACUCGUAGGAAUCUCAAGCGAAGCUCAAAGGCUAAGUUUCCCCAUAUUAGAGCACAAGGAAGAAAAGCAGGAACGAAGCGCAGCCAUCCAGGUUACUAUUAGUCCUCGAAUUGGAACUUCAGCCCUCCCCGAGCUUUACGAAGCUGAUAUUCUAAUAAACUCGAAACCACCGAAGAUGAAAGAGUUGUUGCGCCGCUGGCAAUGGACUUGCUUCGUAUGGACGUCUAUGUAUCUAUACCUGAUGUUUGUAGUGAUGUUUAUGUUCUUUUGGAAGCCGGUUAUGUUUCGUGCAAUGACAUUGAGGCCGCAUCAGUUGAUCAGAGAUUUGGAUCAAGAUCCGAGGAGGAGAGAGGUGGAAGGGGAUGAGUCGUCGUUGGAUGAGAUGGCAGAGAUAACGGUGGAGUUGUUGAGGAAAUGGCAGGAGAUGAGGAGGAAGAGAAAGGCUGCCAUGUUUGGGUAUGGAUCAGGAGAAGAAGACGUAGGUUCCACAUCUGCGUCGAGCAUUAGUUGUAGUAGAGACUAUACAGCUGCUGUUUUCGAGGAAGAUGUUGGGGAUUCCGAGUCGGUGAUUCUAGAAGCUUCCUAGCUGGAUUUAACUAAUUAAUUAGCAAGAUCAUAUUAAUUGUAUAAUUGUAUUGUUUCAUUUAAUUGUUUGUUAACAGAUUAUAUUAGAUUAUUAACUUUUUAAUUGGAAAACUAAUCCUAUUUUAAUGGAGUACCAAAAUUCAUUAAAAAAGAUUCACUUUAUUGAA